GUUUAGUAUCAUUUCUUUUGCAUUUGGCGAGAUGAAUCAGCAGGGAGGUAUCGCUAUUGCCAGUCGAUCACACAGACACAGACGAAAUGGAGGGGAGAAUAUAACCGUCAUCACCCGCGAUAAUAUCCGGACACUUCGCCCGCAUCCGCGGGACAUGCCCCGUGAGCUGGGACCGCCCGGGCAAGUCGGAUGGCGGGAAAAGGUGUUGGUUGGUUGGGAGGAAUUGGAGAGGGUCAAGAGGCAGGCAAGAGUGAUGAGCAAAGAAGAGUUGAAUAAACAGAGCGCGGACAUGAAUCGUAUUAGGAUUGAGGCCGCUGAGGCUGCAAAGGAACGCAAGACCAAAAUGGAGGCUUACGACCAUACACGAACGCAAAACGCCCACCUAACGACCCUCGAAGCGGAAGCCAAAGCCAAGUCCAACUACCUUCUCUCCAAAGCGCAACUUCAACUCGAAGAACAAGAAGACGAGAUCAAGCACAUGAAUGAGCUGAUGCUGUAUGCAAAGUGUGUAGCGAUUCGGGACCGACAGGUCGAUGAGAAGAAAAUGAUUGAGAAAGAGAGGAAACAAGAGGAGAGGAGGCUAGAUGCUAUCAUGGAGGCUGAAAGGGUGCAGGAGUUGAAAAAAUUGGAGGAGAGAGAGCGGAAAAGGGCUGAAGAAAUGCGUAAAGGAGCUGCCACAAUCCGCGCCCAAAUAGCCGAACGUCGCGAAGCUGCACUUUUAGACGAUGAAAAACGAGACCAAGAAACGAAAGGCAUCCUCGCACAAAUUGCCCAACAAAAUGCUCAAGAAGUCCAAGAAAAAGCAGCAAAAAUCAAUCUCCAAAAGCAACUCCGUCUCCAGGUUGUCAAAGCCAACCAAGAAUCCGCAGAACGAAAGAAGCUUGCGAAAGAAAAGGAGGAGGAAGAGGACCGUAAAGUCCUAGAAUACAUUCUCGAAAAGGAGAAACGCGAAAUUGAGAACGAUCGCAUCCAAAAAGAAAAGAAGGCCGAGCGAGAAAAAGAACUUGCCCGUCUUCGCGCUGCUCAAGAGAAAAUGUCUGAUAAACAAGCACAACAAGAUGCACUACGAGCCCAACGAGCAUACGAAGCGCAUGAGCGAGAGUACCGCCAGAAACUCCUCGUACAAGCGCAAAAGAAUGCUGCCAAUGAAAAGGAACUGCGCGAAUCGCGAGCAAUGCAGCAGCAUGCACGUCAGCACGCAAUUGCUGUGGAAGCGCAUAAAAUGCGACAAGAGUUUAUGGAGAACCUACAAAGACAAAAGGAAACAGAGGAGAAGAUGAAGAGAGAGGAGUGGGAGCGUAACGAGCGGAACAGGCAGUACGCGCGCCAAGUGCAGGCACAAAUUGCAGAAAAGGAAGCGUUGCGACGCAAGCAACGUGAAGAGUUUUUCAUGGAGGGUGUGAGACUUGCCAAAGAGCGAGCGGAGAAGGUCAACAAGAUUGAGCAUAUCAAAGAGCGCAAACUUCAGGAGCUCGUAUCUGUUGGCGUUCCUGAAAAGUAUUGCAAGGAAGUUGAGCGGAAAGUCCACACAAACCAUCAUAACGUAAUGAUAUCUGUACGCAAAUAGAAUUGUGUUGUGAAUAGAAGUCGUCGUAUACUUUCAA